AUGGAGGAAAUGAUGCACAAGUGGCCAUCCAAAUCAAAAGAGCAACAUGCAGCGCGUGUCCGUGAGAAUCAGCGCCGCCACCGCGCGAGGAUAAAGGACUACAUCGCCAGCCUCGAGGCGCAAUUGGCAGACGUAAGAGCACGCCUUGACGAAGCCUUGGCUGAGAAUUCGUCACUUGCUUCGGAGCUGAGCCGACUUCGCGCCGAUAGGGAACUCGGGUUUGUCGCGGAAGCCGCCGGCGAAGCUUCAGAGGUUGGUAGCAGCACAUCAAAUCUCAAGAGCCGCCCCGUCCGUCUUUCAGACAAUUACCAGGACGAACCUCUGUUGACCGUCGAUGCUGAUGUCGAUUCUUCUCCGAUUGCUUGUCGAACAACCCCGGCUGUGCAGGAAGAUCAAGAUUUUGCCGCUCUAGCAAGAAAGUGUUCUCAGCUUCCACCGCCACGUCCCGGAGAGUCGACCAUCGUGUGCGAAGAGGCGUACGCCAUAAUCAAGCAGCAAAACAUCCACGGGCUCAGCCUGGACGCAAUCGGGGAAUACCUCAAGCCGGGGUUCCGAGGCCCGAGCUGCCAUGGGGGCGGAUGCCGCGUCGACAGCACUCGCGUCUUCUCGGCGAUUGAUAGCAUCAGCUCGUCGGUGCCCUUAGUGUCGUCAACAAACAGGUCGCCAUGA